CAGUCUAACGAAACAAGUACAAGAAAUAUCAUCAAAGCUGACCACGAUGAUGAGAGAAAAGGAAAAUACUAGAAACCAGAGUUACCGACCCACCGGAUGCUUCAAUUGUGGAAGACAGGGACAUAGAGCCCGUGAAUGCCCCGAGCCGUCAAGAAGAAUACCACCACAAGUUGUCAACCCUCAUGACACGAACCUUUGCAAAGUAGAAAACAGCGACGACGAAGCUUACGUUGCUACUAGAUCACGACACCAGCCGUACACUAUUAAUCAUCCUAAAAAGGAUGAAUUGAGUAAGGAACCUACUGUAAGAAUUGAGAACCAGCCACAACAAACAGAACAAGCACGACUGGUACAACAAGAAGAGCGCACCCAAUCAACACAACCAGUAGAAAUGGAGAUCACGGCGGAACCUACAAAAAAGAAUGCCACGCCACGAGUCAAGCACCAGAGAGGACCAUCAGUAGUAGACCAAGCACCCCUAUACAACGUUGCAGAAGACUUGUUGAGACAGAGAGCCAAUGCCACGUAUGCCCAACUAUUACAAAUUCUGAAGCAACGACAGCACCUGGCACAAGUGUUGAAACGACCUAUCAUCACUUCCACAGAAGUUGACUAUGUGGAAGACCAGCCUCAAUGA